GAUCAGAGAUUUCAAGGCUCUAGAAGUUUUUACAUAUAAACUGUAAAAAAAUCAUAUUUUUGUAAUUCGUAUUAACAUUGUAAACUGAAUAGAGUCACAAAAACCAGAUGAUUUAAUGAUAAGUGUGACUGCAGAGUGAUAUAGAUAAGCUGCUUUCGAACAGAAUGUUUGAUUAUUAAUCAAAAGUUUUCGUCUUUAAACUUUGUUUUUGCAUUGAAUAGUACAAAAAUGAGUCUUCUAGAUAAAGAAAAAGAAUGGUUUAUUCCUGCCCCUUGGGGACGCUUAUGUAUUGUUGCAUGGGGUGACUGCACCGAUCCCCCGGUUCUUGUCUGUCAUGGGAGCGCCGAUACCAUAAUCAGCUUUAGGCCGUUAAUGGCAUUGUUACCAACAAACUUUUAUUACAUAGGUGUAGAACUACCAGGAUGUGGCAAAUCUGAUCCAAUGCCCCUUGGGGUCAUGAUUAGCGUGUUUGAUCUAAUGUACGCCAUAGAGGUCGUUGUGAACCACUUUAGAUGGAAGACCUUCGUGUACUUAGGACAUUCCUUAGGUUGUAUGUUAGGUAAAUUAUACGAUUUAUGUUAUCCGAGAAGGAUAAGCAAGUGCAUAGAUUUGGAUCCAAUUUCAGUGGUAUUUUCAUUUCCAGCUGAGAAGUUUCCUGAAUGGUACAAAUACUUCUUCGUAAAUUACUUUGGAUCUUACGAAAAGUAUAAUUUGAGUAAGGAAGAACGACCAACGUAUACUGAAGAGGCGGUUAUAUCGAAAGUGAUGAAACGUCGCGGAUUAAAUAGUGAAAUAGCGAGAGAGAUAGCUGCGAGGUUGACCGAACCAGCGGGGAACGGUCUUUACAGGUUUACCUACGACGAAAGGACCACAUUGACCACCCACCCCCCCUACAGCCCGGAAUAUGUGGAAACGUUACUGAAAACAAUAAAAACGCCGACAUUAACAUUCGUAUCAGACGAAUCGAAGAAUGAUGGGAGAUACGACCAAUUGAAGAAUUUGUUUGACGAGAAAUUCUCAAGCAAUAUCCGUGUUAUGGUUGUAUCAGGGAAUCAUGAUGUGCACGUGAUACAUCCAGAACGAGUCGCGUCAUACAUUAGUCGGUUUCUGUUGUACGGUUUGAAUGGGUUGGAUGGGAAGGCUAAAUUGUAGAUGAUUUUAUAUGUAUAAUUUUGGAACAUAUUCAGAAAAUUGUAUACAGGGUGUUCGACUUCUAAAAUUAUCCUAAGUUACUCCUUAUUACAUCAGCUAUCUGCCAGUGAAAGUACCGUCAAAAUCGGUCCAGCCGUUUCAGAGG